AUGACCAUGGAGCCGGAAGCCGAGUACUUGCCCGACGAAGAGGAGAUUGGAGUUUCCGAGGAACCUAAGCAUUCGCCUUCAAAGCGGCAAAGAACUGAACUUCAAGGAUCCGAACCUGUCUACUCAGGCGUAUCUUCCAGCGACGGUGAGACCGGUGUCCAGGAAGCCCGCUCAUCACAUAAGCGGCGGGCCAUGAGUAUAUUUGUCGAGCCGGUUCUCAAACGGCAUAAGGGCGUUUUCAACAACAACUACUUAGAUCUCCUGAACAGAGACAUUGGAGAUGUGGCGGGCAUCAUGCCGGUUGAUGGGGAGGACUUGCCCCCGUCGCAAAUUGGCUUGACGCUCUGGGCACCGUACGAGAAGAAAGUGUUCUUCGAAGCACUCUCUAGACUGGGAAAGGACAACAUCCGGGGCAUCUCCGACCGCAUACGAACCAAAAGUGAGAUUGAGGUCCGUCAGUACAUCAGCUUGCUGGAGGAUGCUAUUGAAAGCAGAGGGCAGGAGCAGGAAGGCGGUCUGAGGUCUUUGGGAAUAGAGGUGUAUCCCGCGGCCGUCGAGAUCAGCCAGCCGUGCUGCCAUGCGCUCGACGAGGCGGCCGACGCACUCUCCUUUCGUCAAGAGCGACACGAGGAACUCGCCGAGCAGAAGAAGUGGGGCGAUUGCUGGAACAUCAACCUGGAGCUCGCGAAGCGCAUCGAAGGUGACCACGGUCUCGAGAGGGAUCCCACCUUCGCGAGCGACCAUGGCUUGGAGUUUACGGAGCUCCUUCGCGUCAAAAACUUUGUGCGGCUUCCCGAGCGCAUCUUCAUGAACGCAUCCCACGCCGAAAACAACUGGCAGUUUGUUAGCGAGGAGCCGCCAACGAUCCGGGCCACCGCCCUUCAGGACUUUCACUCUCUCCUCGUCUCCGUUACGAAAAGACUCGUCCUCUCGACGUUGUUCAUUGCUGAGUCUCGGAUCAGGGGUAAGAGGAGGGUAGUGCCGUCUACGAGAAACCUUGUAAGGCGCAAGGAUGUCGAGGCGGCGGUCGCGUCCCUAGGGAUGAAGCAGAACAGCGACGAGUUCUGGGUGACGUGUGCGCGUCGGCUGCGGCUCGAAGUAUGGGACGAUGAGGAUGAAGAGGAUGCGGAGGAAGAGGACAACGACAAGGAGCCGAUGGUGUACGACAACGUGGAGAACAUCCUUCGGAGCCGAUCCGAUGCCCGCCAAGAUAGGGCAAUGAAAGAACGAUCUUCGACGCCGGAGAUCAAGUUUGAGGACCGCGAGUCGUCCGACUCCGCAGCAGACGAGACCUCAGGCGGGGAAGGAUCGGAUGAUGAUGAGGCGGAUGCUGCCCACCUCGACGAUGCCGAACGCGAGGUCAUCGAGGAGGCCAAAGAGGUCCUCGUCCACUCCGCCUACGAUUUCCCCAAGACGCACCGCACGAGGGAGGCUCUGAAGAACACAAUCCGACACGAGCGAGCGCAGGAAGCUCAAGCAGAGGCCGAGGAUGCAAAGACGAGCUACGAGGCCGAGUUGGAACUGUGGCGGCUUCUGCAGCGACAACCCCCCGAGUCGUUGAUGAUGCCACAGGUUCCGGAGCAUGGCCGCAGAGCCCUCCGGGGCGUCGGGGACCUCUAUGACGCCGGACGGAAAUGGAGGGAGAGGUUGACUUACCACAGCGAGUGGGAGAUGCUCGGGACGUCACAGGUACAGGACAAGGGGUGGUGA